CUCGCCCUCGACAAGGUGUUCGGUGCCUGGGCCGCUCCUGCCUCCUUGGCCACCCGGGACCCCCUCCGUUGGCGGGCCCCCGUGGACUGUGUUCGAGCCAACGAGCUGUGUGCCGCAGAGUCCAGCUGCAGCUCCCGGUACCGCACCCUGCGCCAGUGCGUGGCCGGGCGUGACCGCAACACCAUGCUAGCCAACAAGGAGUGCCAAGCGGCCCUGGAGGUCCUGCAGGAGAGCCCGCUUUAUGACUGCCACUGCAAGCGGGGGAUGAAGAAGGAACUGCUCUGCCUUCAGAUCUACUGGAGCAUCCACCUGGGCUUGACGGGGGGAGAGGAGUUUUACGAAGCUUCCCCCUACGAGCCCGUCACCUCUCGGCUCACCGAUAUCUUCAGACUCGCUUCCAUUGUCUCAGGAAUGGAUUCAGCGGGCAACUCGAAAAGCAACCACUGCCUAGAUGCCGCCAAGGCCUGCAACCUGAACGACAACUGCAAGAGGCUCCGAUCCACCUACAUCUCCACCUGCAACAAGGGGGUCUCUUCCCCGGAGCGCUGCAACCGCCGCAAGUGCCACAAAGCCCUGCGCCAGUUCUUUGACCGGGUGCCUAGCGAGUACACCUACCGGCUGCUCUUCUGCUCCUGCAAGGAUCAGGCUUGCGCCGAGCGCCGGCGGCAGACCAUCGUCCCCGACUGCUCCUAUGACGAGAAGGAGCAGGCCAACUGCCUGGACCUGCGCAACCAGUGCCAGUCGGACCCCCUGUGCCGGUCAAGGCUGGCAGAUUUCCACACCAACUGUCAGGCCUCCUUCCAGACCCUUACCAGCUGCCCCGGGGAAAAUUACCAGGCCUGCUUGGGCUCCUACACAGGUCUGAUUGGGCUUGACAUGACACCCAACUACGUUGACUCAAGCGCCACCAGCUUCACUGUGUCUCCGCCGUGUUCCUGCCGGGGCAGUGGCAACAUGGAGGAGGAAUGCGAGAGGUUUCUGAGGGACUUUACAGAAAACCCAUGUCUGAAAAAUGCCAUCCAGGCCUUUGGCAAUGGCACAGACAUCAGUUUCUCCCCAAAGGCCCCCCCACUGCCCCCCAUCACCCUGCCUCCCAAAGUGGAGAAGACGCCUCCUUUGCCGUAUGAUAUCAAUGACAGCAACGUUCUCUACGACACCAGUAUGAUCACCACCUGCACCUCCAUCCAGGAGGGAGGAGCGCAGGCGAACAAGUCCCACGAGCACAGCCUUUGCUUCUCGGAGAGAUCCUUGACGACGGCCCUCAUGCCAGAACAGAAGACCAUGACGGACCCCAAAGCCUCAGGCAGCCGGCAGCCCUUCCUGGGGCCCCUCUCGGCUCUCCCCUUCCUCCUGGCGGCCGUGGUCUGA